GGCAGCAACUGCCCCGACGCAAAAACAAUCCUGGAGCGCCAUAACUGGUACCGCGCUCGGCAUCAAACACCGGCCCUGCAGUGGGACGCGGAGAUGGCCGCGGAGGCCACCGCUUAUGCCCAUGUGUUGGCUCGCAGGGACUGCAUCCUCGCGCAUUCCAUGGGUAUGGACGGAGAGAAUCUUGUAACGAAGCGGGGCUAUCCCUCAAUCGAUAGCACCUGCAUUCUGGCGCCCACUGCCUGGUACCGAGAGGUCAUGUACUACAAUUUUGAUGCUAAGCGGCUGUUCAAAGACAAUUGGUACCAAUCUCAGAUGGUUGGGCAUUUUACGCAGUUGGUUUGGAGGUCAACAACCCUCAUUGGCUGCGGUGUUGCGGUGAAUUACAGUCACCCCAUAGAAUUUAACAUGCGGACGUACAUCGGCGCCUGCAAGAUGGUUGUGUGCCGUUACAGAUGGGCUGGCAACAUCCCCUCCGACAAUGUCUUCGCGGUAAACGGUAAGUGGCCUGUAAUGUUUACGAGUUUAUUACAAGCUUUUUCUCUUAUUUGCUCGACUGCUUGCUUGCCUGACUGGAAAUCCCAUUAUUGGUCCCGUUAA